AUGACCAAGCUCAAUCACUAUGUUAAUGUUACUUUCUGUUCUGUUCUUGGACAAGAUGGUGGGCUUUAUUCAUACAGUGCUUCCCUAUACUCAGGGCAGGGUCUGUUGGAUGACAUUUUCGUCGAUCUUGUUAUUUACACGGGAAGAGCGAUACACGAAUUUACUGACUUGUCGAAAAGACACGAAAUAUUUGAGAUCUAUUUGAAGCCCCAACGUGGAUCCAUUCCUAUAGGGAAACUUGGCGAGUUAUUUCAUCCUAACGAAGAUACCAAAUGGCAAGAUCCUCGCAAAAUUCUGAUAAUCGGUCGCCCAGGCAUCGGAAAAUCGUUGCUAUGUAAAAAAUUGUCGCGUGACUGGAGCAAGGGUGACCUCUUGCGUGACGGUAACCAAAGCUUCAAACAUUUGUUCAUGUGCCAAUUUAGAUGGUUCAAUUCUGAGACAUCCACGAAUAUUUCUCUCAAACAUCUAUUGAGUCGUGUAGUUUCAGAAGGGAGUAUUGACAAUGACGUUUUGCAGGACUUGUUGGAUCACCCUGAGAAAGUUCUACUUAUCUUUGAUGGCCUAGAUGAAUUUAAGCACCAUGAGAACUGUUUGGAUGACGAGAGAGCACAAGGUGGAAAUAGUCCAACAGAGGAGAUGCCAUUCUCUGCCCUGUAUAUGAAACUAAUGAAAGGAAAACAGCUUCCUGGAGCCACAGUUCUGACAACUUGUAGGCCAAAUGUGGUACAGAGUCUUGCAGGGCUGCAAUUUGACCGAAGAGUGGAGAUAAUGGGAUUUACACCAGAGAAGGUUCAGGAAUAUGUAUACAAUUUUUUUGCUCGUGACAUUAAGACAAGGAAUAGAGUAUGGGGGCAUAUCAGUAGCAAUACAGAGUUGUUGUCCUUGUGUUACAUUCCUGUGAACAGUUUCAUUGUCUGUUCCAUUUUGAAAGAGUUGAUCAAACUGCAAGACACUGAUUCGGGAAGUGCAUUGCCCACAACUUCAACAGAGAUUUACAAUGGAGCAUUGAGGUUAUUUAUUUUCAAGUGCCACCCAGAAUUCAAGGGCAAACAGCUAACAGAGGAUUAUCUUGCAGGAAAUGUUGGCUUCUCAGAUUCUGUUGAAAAAACAUUAAGUCAAGUAGAAUCACUGGCAAAAACAGGGAUAGAAGAAAGGCGACUGGUGUUUGAUUCAACAGAAGUCAAGGGAAUUGAAGGCUGUGGCUUGUUCAACCGCAUGCCAAACCGUCAGAUCACACCUUUUAAACUUGAGCCUCAGUUCUGUUUCAUCCAUUUGACACUGCAGGAGCUGCUUGCAGCCAGAAAAGUUGCAAAGAUGAAGCCCAGUGAUCUCAGUGAUUUUAUCACUUCAACUGUCUCAGACCCAAAGUGGCAUCUUGUGAUUCAGUUUGUGGCAGGUCUACUUGGUGGCCAGGAACAUGAAUCCAUGAACAGUUAUAUCAGCCUUCUUUGUGAUAUUUUGACAGAAGAGCUGCCAAGGAAGAGGUAUAAAACACGACAGAAGGCUUUACUCUUGAUGAAAUGUUUGCACGAGUGUAACAAUGAAACUAUUCUGAAGAAGGUAGCUUCUAAACUGCAGAAGAACAGUAAGUUUGGUAACAGAUUAGAUUUGUCUAGUAGUCAAGUAACACCUGCUGACUGUACAGCAAUUGCACAUUUCAUAACACACCUACAAGAACUAUCUGAGUUGGUCCUCUUUGCUAACAAUGUAGCAGACCAAGGUGUAGCACACCUGUGUGGUGCACUGAAAGAUGGAAAUUGUAAACUCCGUAAGUUAGACCUUCACCUGACCAAUAUAACAGAUCAAGGUGUAGCACACCUGUGUGGUGUACUGAAAGGUGGAAAUUGUAAACUCACUAAGUUGGACCUUCAAGAGAACAAUAUAACAGACCAAGGUGUAGCACACCUGUGUGGUGCACUGAAAGAUGGAAAUUGUAACCUCACUAAGUUGGACCUUUAUGCUAACAAUAUAACAGACCAAGGUGUAGUACACCUGUGUGAUGCACUGAAAGAUAUAAAUUGUAAACUCGCUAAGUUGGGCCUUGGGAAUAUCAAUAUAACAGACCAAGGUGUAGCAUACCUGUGUAGUGUUUUGAAAGAUGGAAAUUGUAAACUCACUAAGUUGUACCUUCAAGAGAAUGUAACAGACCGAGGUGUGGCACACCUGUGUGAUGCACUGAAAGAUGGAAGUUGUAAACUCACUAAGUUGUACCUUCAAGGGAACAAUAUUACAGACCAAGGUGUAGCACACUUGUGUGAUGCCCUGAAAGAUGAAAAUUGUAAACUUACAGAGUUGGGGCUUUCUAGUGACAAGACAACAGACCAAGGCAUAGAACACCUGUGUGAUGCACUAAUAAAUGCAAAUUGUAACCUCACUGAGUUGGACCUUAUUGGUAACAAUAUAACAGACCAAGGUGUAGCUCACCUGUGUGAUGCACUGAAGGAUGUAAAUUGGCUUGCUAAGUUAAAAAUUGGAAGUGACUAUAUAACAGGCCAAGGUGAAGCACUCCUGCAUGACACACUAAAAGAUGUAAAUUGCAAACUCGAAGUUUUCCCCUAACAGACUAAGGCACAUCAUGGAAGUUAAAGAUAGGAGAAGACAAUCAGUAAAUUUUGGAGUAAUUAAGUUUUAGAAUAAAUCUUAGAAUAUUGCGGGAGGAGAUUUAUUGUUGAUACAGACUAUACAUUAGAGGUAAUAUUAUCAACUCUAAUGUGUUUUGUAAAGCCUUUAAGUGACUAAAGAAAAGUAGAAACAAAAAUAGAAAAUGAGACAAAAUUAGAAAAAUAAUUGAUGUGACCAUGGGCCUGAAUAACUGUACCUCUAAAUAUCAGUGAAUAGCUUGAAUAAUCUUGUGUGUAAACAUGUCUUUUAAUUAAUGAUGUGAAAUGGUUUAGCUUUUCUUUUGUACAGUUUCAUUGAUUUGCAUUUUUCUUUUCAUGCAGUGAUAUUUAGAAAUAAUAUAUUUGCAAAUAUCCUGUGUAUGAGUGCCUAAUGAGAGUGAUUGAGAUGUCAGUUAAGUUACAAAUCUUUGAAAAAAUUAGGAGACCCUGGUUCUGGAAGUUUUCUUAGUUCUAUAUUUUCUUUAUCAAAAAUGCUUAUUAGAAGCAGAAAGAAUUCGGUUGCAUAAGAAUUUGGAUAUUUUUUGAUUUGAUUUUUAGAAGAAUGUUGUAAGUGUGUCACGCAAUGUGGGAUUCAAAACAUUUAUUGAGAUGGACAGAUGAUAGUUAUAAGUUCAUUAAAAUGUACAAGAGGGUUUGCUUCAUAAUGUUGUAUAAUGUAAAUAAUUUGUCACAUGUCCACCUGUACAAAUAGGCUUUGUGAACGAUAAUAAAUACUUUGAAGGUAUCAUCCUUACUAGAUUGGUUAAGUUCAGUAAUUUAUUAUUGUUGGAGAUUGAACAAGAGAAGCCUGUGAAUGCAGCCAGCUCUUGUUAGCUAUAGAGUGGUGAUGAGAGCAAGAAUGAGCAGCUGGGUUGUGACAAUCCAUAGUUUGAAAAGACCUUGGAAAACCAGUGGAAGUUUGCCAGGUCUAUGAAAAGUCCUUAAAAAUGAAAAAAGUCCUAAAUUCUAUUAAAAAAGUUCUAAAAUUGUUCCCAACUGUCUUUGAAUUUUAUUGAUACAUCUGGGAAUCCAUUGAGCAUUAUGCACAUGGGUAUGAGACGAAUGUGACUUUUAGGCUCAACUAGUUGAUUUUGGGGAAAAUUUGUACCCAUCUCCCCUGCCUGGGAAAAUCUUCCAAUCUACAUGAAAAAAUUGGCAGAGGAAAACUGAGCCCCUCAGAGUUGCUGAAAUGUCCUUGAAUUCCAAGCCUUGAACACUUCCUGGUAAAAAGGUGUCAGCUGAUGUGUGAAUAAAUCAUUGGAACAUAAUCCUGGUUUGGAAUCUGUUUCAAUACUGAUAAUAUAGGAUAUCGCAUUCUCUGGUAAAAAGUAUUUAAAAACUGCAAGCUUUCGACAGCCGGUCUACUGUCUUUGAUGGAUAAAAAUUGUUAUCAAAUCACAUAAAUUUAAAAUUACUGCAUGUGUAAAGAAUGUUCAAAAGAAUGCGAAAAGUGCUAAAAUUAAUGUUUGUUUUAAAGAAUGUUGUAUUGUCUUUGGAGUGGGCAUGAGUUAUUAUCAACCUCAACAGUUUUUGCCAUGUGCCAUGAUUCCAGUGUCUUUCUGGUGCGAUGGUUUCCUUUGUCAAUGAAGACAAUAGGCCGGCUGUCGAAAGCUUAUGUUUUUAAGUACUUUUUACCAGAGAACGCUAUAUCCUAUGUUGUCAUGAUCAAUCUUGGUAACGGAUCCGCAAUAUUUUUGUUUCAAUAUUGUUGAUUACAAUUUUUUUUUCCUUUGUUUUCUUUCAUUUUUU